CGGGAAGCUGCUCGGGCCCGGAGCGCCGCGACAGCACAUGACUUGGGAGUUACUUCUUGUGACAUGGAUGAAUCUGCACUGACCCUUGGCACAAUAGAUGUUUCUUAUUUGCCAAAUUCAUCAGAAUACAGUGUUGGUCGAUGUAAGCAUGCAAAUGAGGAAUGGGGUGAGUGUGGUUUCAGACCUACUGUCUUCAGAUCUGCAACCUUAAAAUGGAAAGAAAGCCUAAUGAGCCGGAAAAGGCCAUUUGUUGGAAGAUGUUGUUAUUCCUGUACUCCCCAGAGCUGGGAUAAAUUUUUCAACUCCAGUAUCCCAUCUUUGGGUUUGCGGAAUGUUAUUUAUAUCAAUGAAACUCACACAAGGCACAGAGGAUGGCUUGCAAGACGUCUUUCUUAUGUGCUUUUUGUUCAAGAGCGAGAUGUCCAUAAAGGCAUGUUUGCCACCAAUGUGGCUGAAAAUGUACUGAACAGCAGUAGAGUACAAGAGGCAAUUACAGAAGUGGCUGCUGAAUUAAACCCUGAUGGUUCUGCUCAGCAGCAAUCAAAAGCCAUCAAUAAAGUGAAAAAGAAAGCCAAAAGGAUCCUUCAAGAAAUGGUUGCCACUGUCUCACCAACGAUGAUCAGACUGACGGGAUGGGUGUUGCUCAAACUGUUCAACAGCUUCUUUUGGAAUAUUCAGAUUCACAAAGGCCAACUUGAGAUGGUUAAAGCUGCAACUGAGAUGAAUUUGCCACUUAUAUUUCUACCAGUUCACAGAUCACAUAUUGACUAUCUCCUGCUGACCUUCAUUCUCUUCUGCCAUAACAUCAAAGCACCGUACAUUGCUUCAGGCAACAAUCUGAACAUUCCCAUCUUCAGUACCUUGAUCCAUAAGCUUGGGGGCUUUUUCAUACGUCGGAGGCUGGACGAAACGCCAGAUGGACGGAAGGAUAUUCUCUAUAGAGCUUUGCUCCAUGGACAUAUAGUUGAACUACUUCGACAGCAGCAGUUCUUAGAGAUUUUUCUGGAAGGUACACGCUCUAGGAGUGGAAAAACCUCCUGUGCUCGGGCAGGACUUUUGUCAGUUGUGGUAGAUACUUUGUCUACGAAUACCAUUCCAGACAUCUUGAUAAUACCUGUUGGAAUCUCCUAUGAUCGAAUUAUUGAAGGUCACUACAAUGGCGAACAGCUGGGAAAACCUAAGAAGAAUGAGAGCCUUUGGAGUGUAGCUAGAGGAGUUAUCAGAAUGUUACGAAAAAACUAUGGAUGUGUCAGAGUGGAUUUUGCACAACCAUUUUCCUUAAAGGAAUAUUUAGAAAGCCAAAGUCAGAAACCUGUAUCUGCUCCACUUUCUCUGGAGCAAGCAUUGUUACCAGCUAUACUUCCUUUAAGACCCAAUGAUGCUGCUGAUGAAGGUGCAGACACAUCCAUUAAUGAGUCCAGAAAUGUAACAGAUGAGUCCUUCCGAAGAAGACUGAUUGCAAAUCUGGCUGAGCACGUUCUCUUCACGGCUAGCAAGUCCUGUGCCAUUAUGUCCACGCACAUCGUGGCCUGCCUGCUCCUCUACAGACACAGGCAGGGCAUUGAUCUCUCCACAUUGGUGGAGGACUUCUUUGUGAUGAAGGAGGAAGUUCUGGCUCGUGAUUUCGACCUGGGCUUCUCAGGAAACUCUGAAGAUGUAGUCAUGCAUGCCAUACAGCUGCUGGGAAAUUGUGUCACGAUCACCCACACCAGCAGGAACGAUGAGUUUUUUAUUACCCCCAGCACAACUGUCCCGUCAGUCUUUGAACUCAACUUCUACAGCAAUGGCGUGCUCCAUGUCUUCAUUAUGGAGGCCAUCAUAGCCUGCAGCCUUUACGCAGUUCUGAACAAGAGGGGCUCGGGAGGGCCUGCGGGGCCGUCCCCCAGCCUGAUCAGCCAGGAGCAGCUGGUGCGGAAGGCCUCCAGCCUCUGCUACCUGCUCUCUAACGAAGGCACCGUAUCGCUCCCCUGCCAGACGUUUUACCAGAUUUGCCAUGAAACAGUAGGAAGGUUUAUCCAGUAUGGCAUUCUCGUAGUGGCAGAGCAAGAUGACCAGGAAGAUAUUAGUCCUGGUCUUGCUGAGCAGCAGUGGGAUAAGAAGCUUCCUGAGCCUUUGUCUUGGAGAAGUGAUGAAGAAGAUGAAGACAGUGAUUUUGGUGAGGAGCAGCGAGAUUGCUACCUGAAGGUGAGCCAGUCCAAGGAGCACCAGCAGUUCGUCACCUUCUUGCAGAGGCUCCUCGGGCCUUCGCUGGAGGCCUACAGCUCCGCCGCCAUCUUCAUCCACAACUUCAGUGGCCCGGUUCCCGAGCCUGAGUACCUGCAAAAGUUGCACAAAUACCUGAUCACCAGAACAGAAAGAAGUGUUGCCGUAUAUGCUGAGAGCGCCACUUACUGCCUCGUGAAGAAUGCUGUGAAAAUGUUUAAGGAUAUUGGGGUUUUCAAAGAGACCAAACAAAAGAGAGUGUCUGUUUUAGAACUCAGCAGCACGUUUCUACCUCAGUGCAACCGGCAGAAACUCCUCGAGUACAUUCUGAGUUUUGUGGUGCUGUAGGUUACUCCUGGCACCUCUGGCAAGUGGAGGGCAUCGGACGAGUCCCUCGUAGGCUCCAGCCUCUGGCUUGAGAGCUGAAGGUGCCGGCAUGUGGGCAGGUUUGGCCUGUCCUGCUGUGACGUGCUGGAAGACAAGUGCCUUCCCCUCCACGGGGCUGUGCUGACCCCUACUCCGAGAUGACACUGCAGCCUUCGUGUGACGCUUGGGGGCCCCCCGGCUUCCGCUUGCAAUUCAUCGUCAGUAGAUGACACAAUGAAAUCUCAGAAAGUUAUUCUGGAGUUUAUUAAAGAUUUCCCUUUUAAGUAUAACCGUUAAGGACUAAAUUACUGUGAUGGGCACAAAAAUGUAGAUUCAUUCUAGAACCGAAUCUUAUAUAGUAUUCUUAAUACCGUCGGAUAAUUUGUCGGUAUAUUUUCUGAUUAAUGGUUAAUGCUUCCUUUAAACGUAAUUGAGUCAUCCGUUCACUGUUUUGUUUUUGUUUUUUCAGUUUUACCUUUGUCAAUAGUAGCUAAAUUUUAAAGGGGACACCUUUCAUCCCAAAGUGCUUUACAAAUGAAUGGGCUGAUCUAUAUCACACCCAGGUAUCACUGUGCUGUCCUUUGCGGUCAGAUUUAGAAAGUGUUUGAAGAGCUACAUGAAAACACAAUAUUAGUUUAGGUCAGAAAUAGAGCUAAUGUGAUCAAAAAGUCAACAUCAGGAGGUAAAUUUGGCCGGCAAAAUUCAAGGUAAACUUGGCCAGAACACUGACUUUGAACUUUUGCUCAUAUAAAAAAGUGCCAUUGAGUUUUAAAUGACCAGCAAGUAUUUAGGAACGACUCCUGUUUUAUGUCUGUACCCCUUCCCACCCCUCAGGUGGCACCUGCCUCUCCCAGGUACAGCUGUUUCUUGGAGAUUCUCCAACCAAACAGCAACUGUCCUAGCUUGAUUAGCUUGGCCUGAUAGACUGGGUGAGCGGAAAGUGCUGUGGCUGGAGGCUGCUGACCCAGGGCUCUCAUGCACUGUGUACAGGUUGUGCACUGCACCCAGUCCACAUGACUGGUGCCCGCU